AUGCACCCUUGUCUUCUCGUAACCGAGAUGCUCAUACGCAUCAUCGAGCUCGUCUACGAGGACGAUAAACGGGGAACAAGAGAUGUUGCUGCGUUAGCAAGAACUUGCCGCAGGUUUCAAGAGCCUGCUCUGGAAAUUCUUUGGCGUACACAGCGCUCGCUCGGACCUCUCAUCAUGUGCGCGCCUGAGGACUUGUGGGGGGUUGGAGAAGAUAAUAUCAUCUUCUUCAAAAGGACUCCAGUUCGUUCUGACUGGAACAGGAUUAUGGCCAAUGCGCCCCGCAUAAAACACCUCGGUGCUAACAAUCCUGGCCUGCCCCGAAUCCAACGUCUCCUCCCAAAAAUAAACGUCGAUAUUUUACACUCCCUCCUGGAAAAUUGUGAUAUGCCAAGCCUUCUUCCAAGCCUCUCUCGCCUGACGUUCACCUCCAUAUCUGGUUACCGUUCAGUCGCCGACUUUUUCCGCUAUAUCUCUCCGUUUCUGAGUCCCAAGCUCACAUAUCUUUCUUUCCACAUCCCCCAGGAAGUGGACGAAUGUGAGAUCGACGCUCUGAUUGAACAAAUUCCCCGAAAAGCUCCAAAUAUCGAGCAACUUUGCCUGUCGUCGUGUUUUCGCUCUCACCAGGUGGUGCUGUCGUUAACUACGGCUAACCUCCCUUACCUUCGGGAGCUAACCGUGAACCGCUUCCUAUCUAUGUCCACGCGAUCAAUACGUGAGCUCUCAUCACUGCGAUUCUUCCAGGACUUGUCUUUGUCUUUGAAGGUCAGCUUCGAUAUCGACAAAUUCGUAGAAGGGUUGGACGUUCACGGAAGCCACGGCGUUUUCUCCACUUUACGUCGGAUUAAAUUCCAUACAGAUACGCUACUACCAUGCACCUCACUAUUCAACCUCAUACAGUCUGAUUACUUGGAAGAAAUCACGGUUAUGGUCGAUGAACAACAGUCCGCUUCACGUGUAGCCGACUUCUUAAACGCUCUGAGACAAAGCAGUCGCGUUCCCUCCACCCUUCGAUCUAUCUGCGUACGGCACAACAUGCAAUCGAGCUUCAGCGGCGAUGCCCCUUUCAUCUUCAAUAGCUCCGUUUUCCGACCGUUACUCCAAUUCAACAAACUCAAGACUAUAAAGUUCAUGAACCUCGGGCUGUACGACUUGGACGACGAUUUCCUUAGUGAUGCGGCGAUGUCGUGGCCGGACCUCGAAGAUUUCACGUUCUCCAGGUUUCCAUGGAGCUCUACGAGGAAGGUCACCCUACAAGGCAUCUUACCUCUGGUCUCAAGCUGCCCAAAUCUAUAUUCGUUGCAUAUCACAAUGGAUGCCACAUCCGUAGAGCGAACAGCGGAGCACAAACUCGGGGCAGGGCCUGUCAAUCACAACUUGAAAACUCUUAACGUGGGUGACUCGGAUAUCCAGAAUCCUUCGGAUGUUGCCGAAUUCCUGUUCGACAUCUUCCCGAGGCUGGACAUGAUGUUCAUCCAUGGCGGUUCUAUCAUAUUUGAUCGAUGGCAAGAAGUGCAUUCACGCAUGAAGCAGAUGCAGGUCAAAGCGGGCUACCGGUCCAUUGAAGAUGAUGAUACUCUGUUCUAG